AUGACGAUGAUGAUCCAUCAAGCUUUAGCUCUCUCUCGUUUCACUCUCCCAUUUUUCUCCAAAGGAUUUGGGUCUAAAGGAGGCGUCUUUGUGCAUCAAUACCGAACAAAGAACCCAAAAGUAGCAUUUUGCUCUGGAGAUGAUCAAAUUUCAAGUACCAAAUCGAAGAAGACAAGGAAAGUAGUGGAGCAUUUGUGUUUGCUCAAAGCAAAAGAGAAUUUAUCUGAGGAGCAAGAAAAAGAUAUGCUUGAUUAUCUCUACACAUCUCAAUACCAAAUGAGAGGCAUUGUUGCUAUAUCUGUAGGUUGUAUCGGUGAUAGAAACGAGGAAGAUUACACGCACGGUCUAUACAUGAGAUUCCAGAGGAAAGAAGACCUUGACAAGUUCUAUGAGAAUCCUUUCUUCUUGAAAGUUCUCAAUGAACAUGUAACACCAUUCUGCCAUGGGAUGAUUAAUGUGGACUAUGAAUCAGAGGUCGAAGAUGACAUCCUUCCCAUUUUUCGAAAGGGCGAGGAGUACAACUACGGCGAAGAGUUUGUUCUUCUGGUUACUUUUGCGAAGAACGCUUCCGAAAAGAACACUAAAGAUGCAAUGGAUUCUUUUGCAAAGCUAACUUCAUCGCUUCCAUCAUUAAUUGUCCAGUCCACACAAGGUUCAAACUUUAACAACAACAGUAAGGAAUUCACACAUGCAGCAGUAGUUCGAUUCCGUUCCUCUGAUGCCAUGGAGAUUUUCAUCAAGGGCAGAGAGUAUAAAGAUAUGUGGAGGUCGCAAUUCGAGCCGUUUAUCGAAAAAACCAUAGCUCUUCAUUUCUCUGUGGAUCCCGUGGGUACUGAUAUUAUGUGA